AUUAAUAAAACGAGUACGAGAACGUAUGUAUUGGAGUACCCAGAAUGACAAGUUUGUGUUGUAUAUUGAUUGUGCAAUGAAAAUGUAUUACGAAUUGUUUACAAUAUAUUAAUAUUCUGUUAUGUAUUAAUUAAUUGCAAAGAAAAUGGGACGAGGACUAUGAACUAAGUACGUGCUCAUUUGUGCAUUCAGUUUUGCGUAGUUUGUUGCACAUCAUAACAUAGCUGAUUAUAAUAAUGGUUGAGAACGGCGGUUCGAGCGGGGGCAGCGACAGCCCUAACGCGACUUGCGGGCGGUCGGGUCUGCUGGAGACGUUGGUGCGCGGGGUGUGGUACCGGGUGCACUGCUCCCUGGAGGACGACUACUUCAGCGUGUGCCUGGACGACGGGUACGAUGCGACGACAACUCUCAAUGGCACCCUCAACAAUAACAAUGUCGAAACACCCAACAGUGACUUCACGGAAGUGCCGGAAGCGAUCGCGAAUCAAAAACGACUAGUGCAAGUGGUUAAAUCUGACAAUAAUGGGCUUGGAAUAUCAAUUAAAGGUGGAAUAGAAAACAAUAUGCCCAUAUUAAUAUCAAAAAUAUUCAAAGGUAUGGCAGCAGACCUGACUGAACAGUUGUAUGUUGGUGAUGCUAUCUUGUCGGUCAAUGGAGAGGAUCUUAAGGAUGCUACACAUGAAGAAGCUGUUAAGGCCCUGAAAAGAGCCGGCAAAAUGGUUCAGUUGGAAGUGAAGUACCUUCGCGAAGUGACCCCAUACUUCCGGAAAGCGUCAAUCAUAAGCGAGGUGGGCUGGGAGCUGCAGCGCGGCUACAUGGCGGAGGCGCCGCCGUCGCCGCCCUCGCCGCGCCGCCGCCGCGCCGACACGCGCUACGUGCCGCUGUUGAUGGCCUGCGUGGCCAAGAAUCUACGCCAUCACGACCCAGAGGACCGCACGAUCGAGGUGUACUCGCCGGACGGCGUGCACUCGCUGGCGCUGCGCGCGGGCGACGCGGCGGGCGCGCUGGGCUGGCACCGCGCGCUGCACGCGGCGGCGCGGCGGGCGGCGCGCGCGGCGCUGGCGCGGGCGCGGCCCAGCCUGCGCGCGCUGCUCGGCGACGUGCGCUACGCGGGCUGGCUGGCGCGCCGCCCCGCCAUGGACCACGUCAGCGCUUCUGGGGGUUCCGAUAGUUCCGAUGAAGCCGAGGGAUGGCAGCCCACCUUUGUAGCUAUCACGGACCGAGAAUUAAGGUUGUACGAGGCGGCGCCUUGGUCGGCGGAGGCGUGGAUGGCGGCGGGCGAGGCGCUGGGGCUGGCGGCCACGCGGCUGGCGUGGUGGCGGCGCGGCGCGCACGCGGCGGCGCUGGGCGUGCGCGCGGGCACGGCGGCCGGGCUGGCCGUGCGCGCGCUGCGCGCCGACACGCCGCACGACCUGGCCGCCGUCGCCGGCGCGCUCGUCGACGGCGCGCACCGCGCCGUGCGCGCGCAGCCCGAGUUCACCUUCCGUUGCCGGUUCCGGGGCGUGUGCGCGCGGCUGUCGCUGGGCGCGGGCGGCGUGUGCGUGUGGGAGGCGGCGGGCUCGCUGGGCCGCGGCGGCGCGCGCGCGCUCUACCGCCGCCCGCUGCACGCGCUCAAGGCCUCCGCCGACGACGACCGCUCCGCGCUGUGGCUGCACUUCACGGACGACGACACCGUGGAGUUGGACAUGGAGGGCAGCCCGAAGCCGGCCGUGUUCAUCCUGCACAACCUGCUGUCGGCGCGCGUGCACGCGCUGCCCGAGGACUCGGCGCAGCCGCUAUAACCACACCGCUAAACAUCUGUGAGUCACUCCCACUAUUACCAACCUAUUCCACCGGCGGGGCGGCUAUUCUGUACUACGC